AUGUCCCCUGUGUGCUGUCCCACCUGCAAGCAGGUCUCCCCAACCAACCCCCUGUUGACUGCAGCCAUCGUCUCAGCGAGGCUGGCAAACGUCCUGAUGCCUCCCAUCUUGGCAAACAGGUUCAGACCAGGAGAAGAAGGACCAGGAGAAGAAGGACCAGGAGAAGAAGGACCAGGAGAGGAGACAAAGCAGAGGAGGCAGGAGGAACUGCGCAGGAAGAGGGAGGAUCUGCAGAGGAAGAAGCAGGAGUUGCAAAGGAAGAGAGAGGAGAACAACAAACGCAAGGCUGAGGUGCAGGUAGCAGACCUCGCCGUGGGGGGGGGGGGGCACUGUGCCAUCCGCCGCAACAUCAAGGUAGCAGACCUCGCCGUGGGGGGGGGGCACUGUGCCAUCCGCCGCAACAUCAAGGUAGCAGACCUCGCCGUGGGGGGGGGGCACUGUGCCAUCUGCCGCAACAUCAAGGUAGCAGACCUUAGUGGGGGGGGGCACUGUGCCAUCUGCCGCAACAUCAAGGUAGCAGACCUCGCCGUGGGGGGGGGGCACUGUGCCAUCUGCCGCAACAUCAAGGUAGCAGACCUCGCCGUGGGGGGGGGGCACUGUGCCAUCUGCCGCAACAUCAAGGUAGCAGACCUUGGGGGGGGCACUGUGCCAUCUGCCGCAACAUCAAGAAGUGGGGUCUCCUGGACGAAGAAAGAAGCUUUGGGUCUGAACAUUGUCGUAAAAGAAGAGGAAGAGGAGAAUAUUACACUGAAAGAAGAGGAAGAAGCUUUCAUAAAACAGGAGGAAGAGGAGGCUAUCACGUUGAAAGAAGAGGAUGUUAUAGUGAAAGAAGAGAAAGAACCUUUUGGAGUGAAAGAGGAAGAUGAGGCUAUCUCAAUAAAAGAGGAGGAGGAAGAUGUUUUGGGAGUGAAAAAGGAUGAGGAGGAAGGAGAGGAAGUGGAGACUGGAGAUCUGAUUGACACUAGAGAGAGACCAGGCUCUCACUCUGACAGCGGGAAGAGUCCUUCAGGGGAACCAGUCCCAGAGACGCCCAAACCAGCUGGAAAACACCACUGUUCCCUCUGUGGAAAGAGUUUUACCUGGUUAGGGUACCUAAAACGGCAUGAGAGGACACACACAGGAGAAAAGCCUUUCCAAUGUUCCCAGUGUGGAAAGAGUUUUACCGUGGUAGCUAACCUGAAAAGGCAUGAGAGAAUACACACAGGAGAAAAGCCUUAUCACUGUUCCCACUGUGGAAAGAGUUUUACUCAGUUAGGGAACCUAAAACAGCAUGAGUGGACACACACGGAAGAAAAGCCUUACCACUGCUCCCAAUGUGAAAAUAGAUUUUCACGAUCCGUGGACCUAAAAGCUCAUGUGAGAACACACACAGGAGAAAAGCCUUUCCAAUGUUCCCAGUGUGGAAAGAGUUUUACCGUGGUAGCUAACCUGAAAAGGCAUGAGAGAAUACACACUGGAGAAAAGCCAUUCCAAUGUUCCCAUUGUGGAAAGAGUUUUACUCAGUUAGGGCACUUAAAAAAGCACGAGUGGACACAUACAGGAGAAAAGCCUUAUCACUGUUCCCACUGUGGAAAGAGAUUUUCACGAUCAGGGGACCUAAAAACUCCCGAGACAACGCACAUAGGAGAAAAACCUUUCCAAUGUUCCCAAUGUGGAAAGAGUUAUGUUACCUAAAAGUCACGGUACCUAAAAGAGCAUAAGAGAAUACACAGAGGGGAAAAGCUUACCCAAUGUUCUUAGUGUGGUGACGGGAUCUCUCAAAUAGAUGGUAUGAAGAUAGUUGAGAACAAAGCCUUAUGUCCCUACAGUGGAGAGUGUUUUACCAUGUUAGUUAACCUGAAAAUACAUAAAAGAAUACGCUCUGGAGAAAAGCCUUUCCACUGCUCCUAAUAUGAAAAUACUUUUGCCAGGUUAGGGAGUCUGGAGUCACAUGAGUGGACACACAGAGACCAGGAGCACUACCACUGGUCCCACUGUGGAACAUGU